UGCAUCUUUCCUUUCUGUGGAGUGGCACCCUUUAUGGAUUAUAAUCUGGCCAAUCAAAUCCUGCCUGGCAACAAACUACUGAGGAUCAAAAGGAGCAUUAAAUUUUAGCCAAACAAUAAUAAGGAAACAUGGUAGGACUUAAACCCUCAGACGUUCCCCCUCCACUCGGUGUGAAGAUGGCAAGUGCUGGGGCCGCAGCCUGUGUAGCUGAUCUUGUCACAUUUCCUCUGGACACAGCCAAAGUCAGACUACAGAUCCAGGGAGAGAAGAAGGGAGUGGAAGGCAUCCGCUAUAGAGGGGUGUUUGGGACAAUCAGCACCAUGAUCCGAACAGAGGGGCCCAGGUCUCUGUACAACGGGCUGGUGGCGGGGCUGCAGAGACAAGUGUGCUUCGCCUCCAUCAGGAUCGGCCUCUACGAUAAUGUCAAGAGCUUCUACACUGGUGGCAAAGACAACCCUAAUGUACUGAUCCGUAUCCUGGCUGGCUGCACCACGGGCGCCAUGGCAGUGUCUUUUGCACAACCCACUGAUGUGGUCAAGGUUCGAUUCCAGGCCCAGAUGAACCUGGACGGUGUGGCUCGUCGUUACAGUGGCACAAUGCAGGCCUACAAACACAUCUUCCAGAAUGAAGGCAUACGUGGACUCUGGAAAGGCACACUACCCAACAUCACAAGAAAUGCACUGGUCAACUGCACAGAGCUGGUUACAUAUGACUUGAUCAAGGAGGCCAUUCUUAGACACAAGCUGAUGUCAGAUAAUCUGCCUUGCCACUUUGUAUCUGCAUUUGGUGCCGGCUUUGUCACCACAGUGAUCGCCUCCCCGGUAGAUGUGGUGAAAACUAGAUACAUGAACUCACCACCGGGCCAGUACAAGAGCGCUAUCAACUGUGCCUGGACCAUGAUGACAAAAGAGGGGCCAACGGCUUUCUACAAAGGAUUUGUACCCUCAUUCCUGCGGCUGGGAUCGUGGAACGUUGUGAUGUUUGUCUCAUUCGAACAAAUCAAGAGAGCUAUGAUGGUCACAAAGAAGAGAAUCGAGGAGAGAAAUUGAGUUUCCCGUUUUAAAGCUGGACUGAAAAAUCUAAACCGAAAGCGGGUUGGAACAUCGAUAAAGAAACAUCAAUUCACACUUUAUUCUUUUUGUCCUGUGGUGACAAAGAAGAAAAUCCUUUGUUGAAAAAGGGAUAUUAGGGUUAAGUGUACUGUGUAUUUGACUUUGUUGAACUGAUGUAAAAAAGAAGUUCUAUCUUUUUAUUUAUCAUUUUUCAUAAUGGUGCCCACACCAGGUUGUGAUAACCCUUCUUUGGGAAGUUGAGUUUGCACUUUAAAAUCUGCAGAUCUGCUAAUUAUGGACCAUAUUGUGGCAACAGAUUGGGUCCAUGUUUACUUCCUGUCAGGUAUCAUAUCAUUGACAUACACUACAAAACAAUCCAACAGGAAAUAAAAAGGGACCCAUUUAGAAUAUUUACACUGUCAAGUUUGGGACAUUCUGUAUAUUUUGGGCAACUUACAGCAGUGUACCUUUAAAUAAUGCUGGUGCUACUAAUAAAAAUAUACUUGUAA